GUUCAGUUCAUAGUUGUUAGAUACAAUGGUCUUCAAAUUCACUAUUUUGAUACUGUCUUGUAUCAUGGUUGAUAAUUGUCUAUCGGAUCUAUCCGAUAAAGAAGUUAUAGAAAACGCUUUUAAUUUAGCUUAUGACUAUUUCGAUUUGAAACAACUCGCUGGCGGUUUUGUAACACACAAAAAAUAUCUCAAACAGUUCGAUUUUUUUAUUUUUAUGGGCAAACACGACGAUUUGCAAUGUAUAAAAAAUUAUUGGGUAGCGAGACCGGAUCUACCAAAAAGCAAAAUUCAGAUAGAUUUGAAGGAGUUUACGGAAGUUGUGUAUUGUAUUUGCAAAGCACGACAUUUUGUAGUAAAAAAGUUCGUUGAUGAAAUGGUAGCAGCAGCUGAGGUUGUAAAAGAGGCUUUUGUAUUCGUUUAUCAAUACUACAACGUUGAAACAAGACAUGCUACUCAGUCCGAUAUUUUAAAUUUUUUGGGUAAUGAUGACAAAACUGUACAUUGUGUAAAUGAAUAUUGGACAGUGAAUUUAGUUUCGCAAAAAAAACAAGAUAUGAUAUAUUUGGAGCAAUUUGCGGGCAUUGUGUAUCGGAUUUGCGCCGAACGACAACUAGCUGUAAACAAAUUCCUUGAAGACAGGAUAGCAGCAGCUAAGCUUAUAAGAGACGCUUACCGUCUCGCUUAUGCCCGUUAUGACACUAGGGAUGGUGAUGAUCGUCUUAGUCGGUCCGAUCUUUUAGAUUUUGUGGGUAAAGACGACGGUAAUUCAACAUGUGUAAAUGACAAUUGGCCAGCGGAAUCAGCUCCACAAGAAACAGAUUCGACAGAAUUUAAGAAGUUCACGAACGUUGUGUAUUGUGUUUGCUCAAUACAAAAAGUUGAUCUAGUGGACUUCCUUCGCGGCCGAAUGGAAAUAUUAGAUUAAAAAACCACUAAACAAUCUGUGUAAGCAAUAUGAUAUCCGUUUUGUUUCAUUUAUUGUUAUAUCAUUAAAUAAGUAUAUAU